CCUCGGACUUGUUCAUGUCAGUGUUGCUAAACGGGAGAAGUGUCGGUGAAGCCCCCAGGGAGACGCGUUAUGUAACGACACACACGCCUCACUUGUGUUUUUAAAGUAGCUACAUGCUAAAGCUAACGUCACUCCGGUGUGCCAAACUCCAGGGGCGGAUCUGAGAUUUUUCGAAGUCAGGGGGCGGUAAGAGGGGGCCACGAUAAUAUGCUAACGUUGCCAGCUGUUAUUCAAGUCUGUAAUUCCAUGUUAAUUGUUAACUCUAUAGCUUUGAGCAAAGCCACACGUUGUUGAAUGUAUUUUGACAUUUUUUCAUUUCAAGCUCAUUGUAUCUUUAUUAUUAUAAUAUUAAAAAUAAUAACACAAAGUCCUAUUAAUUGCUAGUAUUGUAAGUAGUUAAUUUAAAAAAAAGACUGCUGACAGUACAAGGACAGUUCAGGGGCCAAUCAGAUUUCAACUGGGGCCAGUGCACCCCUUGCUCCAGCCCAGGAUUUGCCCCUGGCCAAUAGUCUGAAGGGAUUUUUAAACUUGGUAUUUAAAAUAACCAUGUAAAGUAAAGUUUGUUAGAGGUGUUAUGUGGUGUUUCUUGUCUAGACCCUUGUGUCAGUGUAAUCGGCUACUUCAUCCACUUAAUGUACCUCUGGAGGAGUAACUAAUGGGCCAUAUCAGCUAAUUAAAGCUAAUAAAUCUAUUAAAAUGUUAUCAAUCCUAAGCUUAUCUUGUAAGUCAAUCACUGCAUGCAGCUGUACAAAUAGACGAUUUACAAAUUAUCUUUCAUGAUGGUUUUGAUCCAGUAGUAAUAAUGUUUUGGGCUGGUGCUAAAUUAAUAUAUUAUAAUUGUUAUCCUCACUUCAUCAAUCAAUUUUGCUCCCAACAAAAUCGGUCCCAUCACAAUUGGUAAAUCGUUUUGAAAUAGUCAUCAAAUAAAGCAGAACAUUCUCACUGUUGAGACACAGGAACCUGUGAUUGAGCUCGAUAAUAGAUAAACAGUCUAAACUUUUUCCUAGAAUCAAUUGAUCAGGAUGAAUAAUAAUAAUUCCACUGUGAAUAACAAGAAUGAUGUUAUUAUCUUCCUACAGCGUCCAAACACGAUUGCAUCAUUGACAGAAGACGACUGACAAGUUUCCUCUGACAGCGGUGGUUGCCGGGUCGGACAUGAUGCCGGGACAGAUACCUGACCCUUCGCUGGCGGCGGGCUCCCUGCCCAGCCUUGGCCCGCUGGCGGGCAUCUCGGCCACCACGCUAACCGAUCAACUCAAGCUGGCUGACUUCCGCCAGCUUGGCACCAUGUUGUCCCCACUGCACUUCCUGGGGCGGCUGGGAAAGAGGCCGCUGGCCAUCAAGACGGAGAUGGAUGAAGACGUUGAUCGGAGAAAACGGAGACGAGAGAAAAACAAAGUGGCAGCAGCGCGCUGCCGAAACAAAAAGAAGGAACGGACUGACUUCCUUCAGAGGGAAUCGGAGCGUCUGGAGAUGGUGAACUCGGACCUGAAGGCCCAGAUCGAGGAGCUCCGAAUGGAGAGGCAGCAGCUAAUGGUGAUGCUCAACCUCCACCGGCCCACCUGCAUCGUGAGGACCGACAGCGUGAAGACGCCCGAGGGCGAGGCCAACCCCCUGCUGGAGCAGCUGUCCAGCGACGACGAGUGAAACCUGGGACACCAGGGACGUCGUGUCCCUGAGGCCCAACCUUGCCCCCGCCAUGGCAGCCAUUCAAACGAAAAAACAUAACUGGCAAUACAUUUCUAAAUAAGCACUUGAGCUCCGAGCUGGAGACUUUUGGAGACUCUGCCCGAGGACCUGGGGUUUGCAGGGCGUCCUCAGUACUGCUAAGAGCUGGCUCUGUCCAUCGGACGACUGGAAACACCCGGUUUCAUCUCCGCAUCGAGAGCAGCUUACUGCACUGUGCCUAGUCAUUGCCAUCUCUACAUAAAGGGACCAAUCUAAACCAUAGAGUGUGACUGGAAACAACACUGAGGAAACACACUAAUAUCAACAUGGUGCUCUGUUACAAAAGCCCUGAGUGAACGGUGUGCUGUUGUUUCUGUGCAGAGACCCACAAAGACUCUGCAGUUUUCCUUUGUAUGCUAGUCGAAAUAUACAGGAGUAGAGUUUGUAGGAUAAAGUACACAAUACAAGUGUGGACAGAGUGGACGCUGUAUGUUUUUGUAAUGUUGAUUCUUAUACCCUGCCUCGACGACGGCAGAUACCGGUUGAUCCGAUUUGUGGUGACGCUGGCGUCAUGAAAAGCACAUAUACACGAAAAAUGUUUACACCCUUGUUGUAUUGUUGGGACUGUUGUCUGUCCAUUAUUAUACUUGUUUUAUACUGCUUUGUAUACGUAAACAUAUAUAUGAAAUGCUCCUUAAUCACUUGAUGUGAUUGGUCUUUUUCAACCUUUCCAGUCUGUCUCUGUCAAACAGCUGAAAACACACAGCUCAGCAGUAUUUCAACGUCUGUAUCUGCGAUGUACGACUCUGUUAUCCUGAAUAGAUUAAAUUUAUUUUCUAACUACAAGAACGAA